AUGCUUCUCAACGAUGGUUAUUCUUUAAACUCGAAAGUCUCACUGGAAAACGCCCGCAAGAUGCCUCGACAACUGGCGUCUGGGCGGGUUUCGACGCUGCGGCUACGAACGUUGGCCGCACUACUCUGUUUGUGGCUCUCGUUGUGGACAGUUUCGAUGUGGUUCAGUUCGGUGAGAGCCGACGCUCCCUCCAAUGACGCUGGAUUGCAGCAGGCGCCUGCUGUAAACGAACAACGAGCAGAGCCUGAAACCCAACCUGCGCCUAGUCGCGUGCCUGUCGGCGGAAGCGCGUACUUCUUCGGCCACAUUUUCGUGAAGCCUGACCCCCAAGACAUCGGCGAAGCACUCUCAGGCGUAUGGACGGUGGACAUCGGUGUUCUCUCGCGACAGAGCGGCAGAAAACUGCCCCCUAGCCGCCGUUGGCCGGCGAGGCGAGCGCGUCUCUCUGUCCGCGAAGUUGCCUCGUAUAAGCCGCCACCGCCACGUGGUGCGCUGGAAAAGUGGCUCAUUCCCGACGGGAUCGAGAGCGGCUCUAUGGAGUUUAAGGAUGAACGGGGAAAACGCGUUCCCAGCGCACCGUUUCGUCUCAUACGUCUGGAAACGGACGCCCCGUGGCGUGGUCGCUUUACGUUCUACGACCUGAAGGAUACGGAUGAGGCAGACGGGGGCGCGAUGCCCACCAGAGAGUCCGACUUUGUGGAGUGGUUCCGCUUUGAUCUGGAACGACUGCCGCAGAGUGGUAUCUGGGGCCCGAAGUACGCUUCAGUCGGCAACGAGACGCUUUCCAGAAGCGCCGAGACCGCUCAGGACACACGAGGCUCACAACCGGCGAGCUCUGGGCUCAUCUACAUUCUGGAUCGCAACCACUUCCUGCUCAUAUAUACCGAUGAACUCCACGACGAGUUGGUGUAUUUAUCCGGCCUUCGUGGUGAUACCAUCUUGCCCAAUUCACGUAUGAGCAAACUCGGUCCAGCGCUCUUGAUCGGCUUGAUCUCCAUUGGGGCGCAUCUGGCCUUUCACUAUUUGAACCGUUACGCCCCGCAUAGACGUUUGGCGACGCAUGCAGCUAUUGCACGUGCUGUACACGCUCGAGACCGGGAUCGUAUGUGGCGUCAACAAUAUGAGUACGCUCGUUUGGACACGCCUCGUGGACGUGCUCAGACGGAGGAAGAUAAGCGCGACUGA